ACGUGGGCGACCGAGCCCUUCUUCAGCCGUCUCGCCGGUACCUUUUCCCCUCGCCCUUUCCGUGGACCCUCGCGCAGCGACCUGGGCAGACCCCAAUCUUUAGUCGGAUCACACAUCUGCUGGGCACUACUGCAAUGGUCAAGAUGCGCAUUCCCAUACGGGAACAGCUGGGCUGCCUGGUUUUGCUGGCUUCUCUGAUCGGAUUGGCGGUCAUCGCGAUUGCAACAUGGAUUACCAACCAUAACUUUGUGUUGGACAUUCGCUCUACUCGGUUGUCGUUGACUGCCUCACUCAAGUCCGCUCAGUUGGCUUCGAAUCUUCUCAUCAUGCAGACCACAGUCAAACAAUCUGCUACGCGUAUCAUCAUUCAAUUGGCCCUCCAACGUUACAACCGAGGAAAUAACACUGAGGCAAGCUGGGCAAGAGCUCGAGAGGAUCUACAAGCCAUUUUCCAGGCUGAUGGCGAUAGCCGUCUCGCCAUACAGGCACAGCUCUAUGCUGCCAACAACUCUGCAUACUCUGUCCUCAAUGGUACGGCUGAUACCAUGGUAGGUCUGUCGUUGCCAUACAAAAAACCGGAUGGAUCAAACGCGACAUUAGGAGACCCAGUAUAUGGCUACAUCCCGGAGCUAUACCCCAAAUUCGAGCCCACCCCUAUCCCUUAUAAUUCGACGUUCAAUCGAACUGUUGCCUUCUACGAAGGAAGAGAGAUCAACCAGACCAGCUACCUCCUCAGUGGACCUUACCGUGUGGAUGACAACCUUAAUCUUGUUUCCAUCACCAUGCCGAUCAUCAACAACACAUCACACAUCGAGACAUUAGGGUGGUUGACUGCAGUACUAGAUGCGCAUUUGAUAAUGGAUGUUGUAGAGGGGUUGGAAGGAUUGGACAGAACUGGUUUGGUCUUACUUGUCGGACCGAACAAUGUGACCAACAAGUUUCCAGCCAAUGUGCUAUAUAACUCCCCCAACCAAGUUGUCCCCGACAACGAGCAAGUCCGAUUCCUAUUACCUCCUACGGCCAGGACCGACCUUGUGAAUCGACACGUUUCGAAGGGCUCGGCCACGAGCAACUCUUCCUUCGAUUGGGCCGACUUCCCCGUCAUUAAGAAAGGCUUCACCCAACUAAGUAAAAUCGCGAACAAUGCUGGAAGCAAAGUUUCGACAAGAAAUGAAGAAGGACAAGAUGUAGCUGUGGGAUAUGCGGUUGCAAACUCGGCAAUGGUGGAUUGGAUGGUAAUCGUUGAGCAAUCGCAUGGUGAAGUUUGGGCUCCCAUCAACCGACUUCGGAAUAUCAUUCUCGCCUGCGUCUUCGGCACGAUGGGAGCUAUGCUGGUAUUGACUUUUCCAGUUGCCCAUUAUUCGAGCCGGCCGAUCCGACGAUUACGGGAUGCCACUAAGAAAUCCGUUUCCCCCCAGGUCAUCGAUGAAGACAGCUUGAGCUCCCAGCGCGACGGUGCCAACGGUGACGACCACCAGGAUGCCCUCGCCCGGAAGGAAGGUUGGAUGGGCAAGGUCAAGCAUUUCCGUCGUAACCAGAAAGCUAGCAAAGCAGAGAGGAAGGAGGCGGAAAGACGACGACAGUUCCGCAUCCCUAGCAAGGUCAAGGAUCGAAAACAUUUCAUUCACGACGAACUUACAGACCUCACAAAGACGUUCAAUGAGAUGACGGAUGAGUUGAUGAUGCAGUAUGAAAGACUGGAAGAACGAGUUCAACAGAGGACAGCUGAAUUGGAGCUGAGCAAAAAGGCUGCAGAAGCCGCAAACGAGAGCAAGACACUCUUCAUCGCCAACAUCUCUCACGAGCUCAAAACCCCUCUCAACGGAAUAUUAGGCAUGUGCGCAGUUUGCAUGUCAGAAGAUGAUCCCGUUAAGUUGCGACGGUCCCUCGGCAUUAUCUACAAAAGCGGAGAUCUUCUGCUCAACCUUCUCACAGAUCUAUUAACGUUCAGCAAAAAUCAGGUCGGCCAAUCUUUGAGUCUAGAUGAAAAGGAAUUCCGUUUACGAGACAUCAGCUCUCAAGUUCUGGCCAUCUUUGAGCGUCAGGCGAAGGAGGGCAAGAUCGAUUUACGGGUAAAAUUUGAAGGACCUUAUGAUGCCAACGUCGACGAAAACGGACGGGCAAAUGAACAUGGCGAUUUAGGACCCUUUGGACUCGGUCGACUGAAAGAUAUGAUUCUUUAUGGCGAUCAGCACCGCAUACUACAGGUUGUCAUCAACUUGGUAUCGAACAGCUUGAAAUUCACCCCGCAAGGAGGGGCAGUGGUCAUCACCAUCCGCUGUUUGGGAGAAGCAACGACGUCCGGUAGCAGGAAGACAUCUGUACAAUCCAGACAGAGCUCGAUGAGGAACUCAAAGAACCGUGUCCGUGCCUCGAGCUCUGAAGUUGGAUCUGUGUCAAUUUCGACCCCCAACCAAUACGAGACUGCGAACGUAAUCAACGCUUUCGAUCAAAAGAACCCGUACUCGCACAUCAUGGCCCAGGAAAGGCCUACUACGCCACCACCCGGUCGCUGGUUAGCUUAUGAGUUCGAAGUCGAGGACACUGGGCCAGGUAUACCCGAAAAUCUACAUGAUAAGAUCUUCGAACCCUUUGUACAAGGCGACCUUGGCUUAAGCAAGAAAUAUGGUGGAACCGGUCUUGGCCUGAGUAUCUGCUCGCAAUUGGCCGGUUUAAUGAAGGGCACAAUCCAGUUGAAGAGCGAAGUUGGCCAUGGCAGUGUCUUCACCAUGGCCAUCCCCCUGAAACACUUAGCCAGCCGUGCUGACAGCACAGCCAGCUCCAGUAACAUCAAUCUGGGUGACCGUGACCCAGGUGCUAGACAGACUACGUCGAUGGAUGAACCAGGCUAUCGACCAGCCAACGAUGAUGCUCUUUCGGGGAGGUCAGUGCAAUCUGCUCGCAGCGACCCCAUCGCUGGCUCUUCCUCUGGUCCCGUUGCAUUCGAGAACGACUCGAAGCCGCGACUUGUGGGUCUCAGCACCCCAUUCUUUGCCUCAAAUCCCCCCUUGGAAUCUCCCAAUUCUCAAACUGCAGCAAUGCAACGAGUAGAGGCCGAGGCGACGAAACGAGGAGACAAAGUGAGAGUUCUCGUUGCGGAAGACAACAAGACAAAUCAAGAAGUUGUUCUCCGCAUGCUAAAGCUAGAGGACGUUUACGAUGUCACAGUGGCAAAAGAUGGACAAGAGGCGUUAGAUAAAGUCAAGGAAAGCAUGGAGCGCCAGACACCCUACAACCUCAUCUUCAUGGAUGUUCAGAUGCCAAAUCUCGAUGGCUUGCAGUCUACUCGACUCAUCCGACAAUCCGGAUUCUCCGCGCCAAUUGUUGCCCUAACUGCCUAUGCGGAAGAAAGCAAUGUAAAGGAAUGCCUUGACUCCGGAAUGGACUUCUUCCUAUCAAAGCCUAUCAGACGCCCGGCUCUGAAACAUGUUUUGAAAACGUAUUGUCCACCAAUACCCGAAGAAGACGGAGAGACAACACCACCUCUUGAAAACCCUACAUCGCGACCGAACGGCAGCAUCGCACAGUCUUCGCCUUCAGGGGUGACUAACGCCACUACAGCACCAGUCACCAUAGUUACUGCAACCAGGGAUGGCGAUGAGACACCUGCUGUGUCUCCACUCACACGACCAGAGUCAUAAGAAGCAUCUCUCCCUCUCUCGCCAGCUCAGCCACUGCACCACGCCACCCGGUUGCAGUUCUUCCUUUCCACCUGCUUUCGAUACCCGAUAUAUUCCUCGUUAAUUUUCACUCUCGUCACCCCCUAAUUGAAGCUGACCUGUACAUGGUGGUCGGCACCGCUUACGAUCUUAUAAUGGCCUCCGAUUGGAACGGAACUUCUCAUUCUUGGUACUAUGGUUCAUUCUC